AUGUUGCCGCCCGCCGACCCCGACCACGCGACUGAUGCGUCAGAAGAGCAUGUCUUGUCUGACGUCGGCUCAUCCUCUGACGAGUCCGACUACCUAGACAGUGCCGCAUCCCGAAAGCGUCGGAGAACUGUGCCAUCUACAGGACCCCACGAUGGCGAUGAUCAAGAUGACGAGGACGAUGCUGAAGAUGAGGAGCUGAAGAGGGUGCUUUCCACAAUCAAGGCUCCCUCUCGAGUCAAGCGCAAUGCCAAGGCAGACCAGAAGGAGACUCAAGCGAAACCUUCAACUGCUCCCCAAAAGUCGAUCCUCGCCCCUACCGAUCCCAACACCACCUUUUCGGCGCUCAAUGUUAGACCGUGGCUGGUCCAAUCGCUUGGUAACAUGGCCAUUAAGCGUCCGACGGGAAUUCAGAAGGGCUGUAUUCCCGAGAUCCUGAAGGGGCGAGAUUGUAUCGGUGGAAGUCGAACAGGUUCCGGUAAAACGGUUGCGUUCGCUGUGCCUAUUCUGCAGAAAUGGGCGGAGGAUCCAACUGCUAUCUUUGCUGUCGUGCUGACGCCGACACGAGAGCUGGCCCUUCAGAUCUACGAGCAGUUCAAGGCUAUCUCAUCCCCCCAAAGCCUCAAGGCCAUUCUGAUUACCGGAGGUUCUGACAUGCGCGCCCAGGCGAUCGAGCUGGGAAAGCGGCCGCAUGUUGUGAUUGCGACUCCAGGUCGCUUGGCCGACCAUGUGCGCACUUCUGGAGAGGACACCAUCUGUGGACUGAGGAGAGUCAAAUACGUGGUUCUCGAUGAAGCCGAUCGACUGCUCAAUGCGACAGGUCCUGGCAGCAUGCUUCCCGACGUAGAAGAAUGUCUCUCGGUCUUGCCCCCGGCCACGGAACGACAGACUCUGCUCUUCACGGCCACCAUCACACCGGAAGUCCGCGCUCUGAAGGACAUGCCGAUCAAGCCAGGCAAGCAGCCCGUCUUUGUGUGCGAGGUUGACACCCAGACACUGGCCAUCCCUGCGACUCUGAAUCAGAUGUACAUCAAGGUUCCGGUCACACACAAGGAGCACUACCUCCAUGUUUUCUUGCUCACCGAGGCAAACGUCGACAAGACGGUUAUUCUCUUUUGCAACCGCACCUCAACUGCCGACUACCUCCACCAUCUACUGCGAUUGCUCGACCACCGAGUUACAUCGCUUCACUCAAAGCUGCCCCAGCGACAGCGAAUCGACAACCUCGCUCGUUUCCGCGCCUCGGCUGCUCGUAUUCUUGUAGCUACCGACGUCGCCGCCAGAGGUCUGGAUAUCCCCGAGGUCAGCCUCGUCAUCAACUACGACCUUCCCCGCGACCCGGACGACUACAUCCACCGCGUCGGACGUACCGCCCGUGCGGGUCGAAAGGGUGAGGCCGUCAGCUUCAUCGGGCAGCGCGACGUGGAGCUGGCCCUGACGAUCGAGAAGCGUGUGGGCCGCGAGAUGGGGUCGUGGGAGGAGGAGGGCGUCAACCUGGAGACCCGUGUGGUGCGCGACGUCCUCAAGGUUGUCUCGGAGAAGAAGCGCGAGGCUCUGCUGGAGGUGGAGGAGGGCCGAGAAGUUGGUGGCAAGAGGAAGCGGACGAAGCAGAAGCUUCAAGCAGAGUAG